AUGUCGAGAAGUACGAAAGGCUCACGGAAAGUGAAAAACCACUGCCAGGCUUGUGGAGCAGCGGAUACCGACCGGAUGGUUAGUUGCUGCCACUGCGGUUCUUGGUGGCAUUUCGAGUGCGUGGGCGUCAACGACAGCAUUGCCGAGCUCGACAGAGUGUUUAACUGUCCGAAAUGCCAGAAACCCUCCACUCAAGUACCGGUGGACAAAGCACCAAGCAGGAAAGCGGGAAGUGUAAGUUCUGCGUGCUCCAGCAGGGCGUCCAGGGCGCGCUUAGAACUGGAGAAACUCGAAGCACAGAAAGCUCUCGCAGUGAAGCGCCUGGAGCUACAGCGACGAGAGCAAGAUCGGAAGCAUAAGGAGGCGGAGUUGCUAUUUCAGCAAAAGAAGGCGGAAGACGAGGCAGCCCUCGAGCAACUGCAGCUGCAGCUAGAGGAGACCGUGAUGAACGAGUCAUUCCGGCUGCGGGAUAUAAUCGCCCAGGAGGGUGGUGAUGACGAGGAUAUAAGGAGCGUUGGAUCGGUGGAAAGUUCAUUCAGCAAGGUUCGGCGAUGGAGAGCGUUGAAUUCGACGAUGGCAGCCUCGACGGAGCAGGCUCCGACUGUCCCUACGAUCAGCGAAACGACGACAACGACCACAACAACACCAGCUAGGCAGGACGGCGAGCAGCAACCAACUAGCAAACAGGGAGUUCUUGAAGUGGCGUUGGCAGGUAUUUCAUUAGGGCAGUCAGCAAUGGAGCCAACGUUAGGAGGUUUGAUAGGUCGAACAGAAAGCACUAUUCUAUCGACAACUAGUAGGAACUGUACGAAUAUUUGCCAAAUUCCCCCUGCUCCUUUAGGGCCUAGUGUAAGCAGUCUCAGAACCACCCUAGAGCAUUCAAAUCCUAGCACUCCUAAUUUUCCCACUGUCUCGAACGUUGGUGCAUCAUUGCCUUUCAAUCGGUCCUUGAUGGGUAUUCAGUCACGCGGUGUACAUUUCGAUAAUCCGUGUGGCCAAGUUUCCGCGCAGUUCAUUCGAACAAACGAAGUGAAUCGAAGUAGUGUUGAUCGAAAUAGUGGUGUGGUGACUGUAGCUGAUCUACUCGGAGGUUUGCAUCCCAGGCAACCAAUACCUGCUGAAUUCGAGCCAGGACAACCGGGUCUACAACAACCGCCAGCGAGAGAUCCAGAAUUGCAGCGUAGAGAUCCAGAACAACGGUCACAGCAUGGACAACCACAUCCACAGGUGCUACCGGUGUACUACGGACCAACACCCCAGCAGUUAGCGGCGAGACACGUUAUGACCAAGGAGUUGCCGACCUUUUCCGGAAAUCCGGAGGAUUGGCCACUGUUUAUUAGUGCAUACGCAAACUCUACUCAGGCGUGUGGGUUUUCGGACUCGGAAAACCUAGCAAGACUGCAGCGGUGCCUUAAAGGACAUGCCUUGGAAUCGGUCCGGAGUCGACUGCUUUUACCGGCGAGUGUCCCACACGUACUUGCUACAUUGGAGACGUUGUACGGCCGACCGGAGCUGUUGAUACACGCGUUACUGCAAAAGAUCAGAGGAGUUCCCGCGCCGAAGCAGGACAGACUAGAUACGCUGAUUGGAUUCGGUAUGGCAGUGCAAAACCUUAGCGACCAUUUAGAAGCCGGAAGACACGAAGCGCAUCUCAACAACCCGAUGCUAUUGUUCGAGUUGGUAGAGAAGCUCCCGGCGCACAUGAAGCUGGACUGGUCGCUGUACAAGCAAAGGUGUGGAGAAGUGAAUAUCCGUUCUUUCGCCCAGUACAUGGAGACGUUAGUACGCGCAGCAACCGACGUCACACUGCAGUACGAUCCAAAACAGCAACCCCGACUGAUGAAAGAAAAGAUCGGCAAGGAUAAGAAUUUCUGCGGAACUCACACGACGGAAGAUUCGGCCCCGGUCACACCGAAAGUAGCAACAGAAGAUUCGAAGCGCAGAUCCAGCCCAGCUUGUCUAAUCUGUCAAAAUCCGGAACAUCGUGUCAAGGAUUGCUCGGAAUUUCGCAAAAAGACUGUGGACGAGCGCUGGAAAACGAUACAGCAGCUUAACUUGUGUCGACUUUGUCUAGGAGCCCACGGCAGGAGACCAUGCAAAAUCCGUAAGCAAUGUGAUACUGAGGGCUGCCAGCGGCGACAUCAUCCAUUGCUACAUUCCAAGCAAGACUCCAGUGAUAUCAAGCGAUGCACAGAUGGCAGCAAGCAAGGUAAUCGUGAUGGACGACCAACAGGAAAUAACGUGCAGGUGGAAAACAAACAAGAUCAGCAUGAUCCGAAGCCAAGCAGUUCCAAAGUCGCUACCAAUCAUCAUUUUGCCGGUAAGACGACACUAUUUCGGAUUAUUCCAGUUACCUUACAUGGCAAUAACCGUUCCGUGUCCGUAUACGCCUUCUUGGACGACGGGUCAGAGAAAACACUUGUUGACGAAGAAGUGGUGAAGCAGCUCGGUGUUGUCGGAGAAAUGCAACCAUUGUGUCUUCAGUGGACGGCAAACGUGAAAAGGACGGAAGCGAACUCGCAGCGGGUAACUUUGGAAAUCGCAGGACAUUCAAGCUUAUCUAGACAUUCUCUGACGGACGUACGCACAGUGAGUAAGUUGGAUUUGCCAAGACAAUCGUUGCGGUAUGCUGAAAUCUCGGAAGCAUUCCCAUACCUGAAAGGUCUUCCAAUAGCAGAUUAUGACAAUGCGCAACCCCAAAUUUUGAUUGGCAACGACAACGCCCACGUUACAUCAACGCUCAAGCUUCGUGAUGGUCAGCCCGGAGAGCCAAUUGCAGCGAAAUCGCGGCUUGGAUGGACGGUUUACGGGUCUAGUCAAGAGAAGUCCGUGGAUCAAGCCCACAGUUUCCACAUCUGCGAGUGCCAGGAGGAGGAUCAAACGCUGCAUGAGCUGGUUGAGCAGUUCUUCUCGGUAGAAAGUCUGGGAGUAAUGCAAAUACCGCCAACAGAGUCCGAGGAGGUUCAACGAGCUCAUCGAAUACUGAAAGAAACCACGAAGCGUAUCGGCCAGCGGUUCGAAACAGGGCUCCUUUGGAAGUACGAUCGCUUCGAAUUUCCGGACAGCUACGGCAUGGCAGUUCGACGGUUGCAGUGCUUAGAGAGACGUAUGCGGAACGAUCCCAUCAUCGGAGAGAGUGUGACAAGACAGAUAUCCGAGUAUCAAGCAAAGGGAUAUAUCCACAAAGCUACUCGGGAAGAACUCGAUGAGGCGGAUCCACGGCGUACGUGGUAUUUGCCGUUAGGGGUUGUCAUCAAUCCGAAGAAACCGUCAAAAAUUCGAAUUUUCUGCGAUGCGGCGGCAAAAGUGGACGGAGUCUCACUCAAUACGAUGCUGCUAAAAGGGCCAGAUCUUCUGCGGACGUUGCUGGAUGUUCUUUUCGGUUUCCGGGAGAAGCGCAUAGCUCUGUGUGCAGAUCUUAAGGAAAUGUUCCACCAGAUACGGAUUCAUCGUGAUGAUCGACAUGCGCAACGUUUACUGUGGCGAGAGGACGCCACUCAGGAACCAGAAGUGUAUUUGAUGGAUGUGGCCACGUUUGGAGCAACGUGUUCGCCAUGUUCGGCGCAAUACGUUAAAAAUGUAAACGCCGAACAGUAUUCAGAAGCAUAUCCGGCCGCAGCAAACGCUAUAAUUCGGAAGCAUUAUGUGGACGAUUAUUUGGACAGCGUUGACGACGUUGAAGAAGCUGUGAAAUUGGCGCUAGAGGUCAAGUACGUCCAUUCCCAAGGUGGGUUUCAUUUACGGAACUGGCUGUCGAACUCCAAAGAGGUGCUAGCACGAGUCGGAGAAAGCGAUCCAGCAACGAAGAAGUGUCUCCAGCUAGAUAAAAACGGCUCAACAGAACGCGUACUUGGGAUGUACUGGAGGCCUGAUGAAGAUGUCUUCACAUUUUCGUCUACCUUGGCAACGGAAACAAAGCACCCGACCAAACGACAAGCCUUGCGAGUAGUUAUGAGCCCGUUCGAUCCAGCAGGGCUAUUAUGCUUCUUCCUGAUUCAUGGCAAGAUACUGAUUCAGGACCUGUGGCGAGCAAAGACUGAUUGGGAUCAACUGAUCCCGGAGAAAUUACUUGAAAAGUGGGAACGGUGGACUUAUUUGUUUCGCUAUCUGGACCAGAUUAAAAUCCCGCGCAGCUAUUUCCCGCAUCAUUCGGCGAAGGAUAUCGUAUCGUUGCAGUUGCAUGUCUACGUGGAUGCCAGCGAAGAGGCGUACGCUUGCGUGGGGUAUUUGCGUGCGGUGUUUCCUGACGAGAUAAAGGUAGCUCUGGUAGGAGCAAAGUCGAAGGUAGCUCCGUUAAAAGCGCACUCGAUUCCUCGUCUAGAGCUAAUGGCUGCAGUCAUCGGUGUACGUUUGGCAAAAUCCAUACUCAAUGGUCACUCGCUGAUAAUUGAGAAAGUUUCCUACUGGAGUGAUUCGAAGACAGUGUUGGCCUGGAUUAACUCGGACCACCGCAACUAUCGACAGUUCGUCGCUUGCAGAGUGGGUGAGAUUUUAUCCAAAUCAAAAGCUGAGGAUUGGCGAUGGGUACCAACGAAGAAAAACGUGGCAGACGAUGCGACCAAGUGGGGGAAUGGCCCCCAUCUGUCUGCGGAUAGUCGUUGGUUUCGCGGGGAAGAAGAGCUGUAUCUGCCAGAAGAACUUUGGACAACGAGCACGUAUUCAACCAAUGAGACAACCGACGAAGAACUUCGAUCCUGCUUGAUACAUCGCGGAGCGAUAAUAGUCCAAUUUGUGGAAUGGGAGCGGUAUUCCAACUGGAAGCGUUUGCAUCGCACAGUAGGACACGUUCAUCGCUACGUUCGAAAUUUGCGGCGGAAGGUGAACAAAGAACAACUGCAUAACGGUCCGCUUACGCAGGAGGAGCUCGUGAAGGCCGAAGCAACCAUUUUCCGUUGGAUCCAGACUGAACGAUAUCCUGAUGAAGCCACGGCUCUGGACAGCGUUGAAGGCAAGCAGUCAAAUCGACAAGUGCGUCUGGAGAAGUCUAGCACGAUUCGCAAGUUGUCGCCGUACCUGGACGAAGCCGGAGUCAUUCGUUCAGAUAGUAGGAUCGUCGCAGCAGCAUUUGCAUCAUAUGACACGAGGUGUCCUAUAGUCUUGCCCAAGGAUCAUCGGGUGACGCGGAUGCUAGUCGCAUGGUAUCACGAAAAAUAUCUUCACGCAAAUAACGAAACCGUAGUUAACGAGGUGAGGCAACGUUUCCACAUCUCUCAACUGCGGUCGCUUGUGCGCAACGUUUCUAAGGAGUGUACGACCUGCAAGGUGAAGAAGUCAACUCCAGCGAUACCCCGAAUGGCACCACUCCCUGUGGCCAGGUUACAGCCAUACGUACGUCCCUUUUCGUACGUGGGUAUCGACUACUUUGGUCCCAUUGCCGUCAAAGUGAACCGUAGUUCUGCCAAACGGUGGGUCGCACUGUUCACUUGUAUGACUACCAGAGCAGUACACCUCGAGGUCGUUCACGCUCUUUCAGCAGAAUCGUGUAAGAUGGCGAUCAGACGAUUCAUCGCACGCCGAGGAGCUCCAGUCGAGAUCCGCAGCGAUAGAGGAACGAAUUUCGUGGGUUCGAGCAAUGAACUGAAGAUGGAGAUGAGCACAAUCGAUCGUAAGCUAGCGGAAACAUUCACUAACGCAAACACCAAUUGGGUGUUUAACCCACCAGGAGCUCCCCAUAUGGGUGGAGCAUGGGAGCGACUUGUGCGAUCGGUGAAAACUGCGCUAGCCGCAAUGGAUACUCCACGAACACCAAAUGAAGAGUCUUUAGCGACAGUGCUGGCCGAAGCUGAGAGUGUGGUGAACUCGAGGCCCCUUACUUAUAUUCCUCUGGAGACAGCUCAGCAGGAAUCUCUAACACCAAACCAUUUUUUACUGAUGAGCUCAAAUGGUGUAGCACAGACACCGAAAACAUUGGCGGACCCGAAACAAGUAAGCAGGAAUGAUUGGAAUCUAUGCAGAACGUUGGUAGAUCAGUUCUGGCGUCGGUGGGUGCGAGAAUAUCUACCGACAAUCGCACGUCGGACGAAAUGGUUCGACGAGGUGAAACCAAUCCAGGUUGACGAUUUAGUUCUAAUAGUCGAGGAGAAAAUACGUAACGGAUGGAUUCGAGGACGAGUAGCUGAACUCAUCAUUGGGCGUGAUGGACGAGUCCGUGCUGCGGUCGUACAGACUGCUGGUGGUAUGGUACACCGACCAGUGUCAAAGUUGGCGCGGUUGGAUGUAGCAGCGAGUAAAGCUGGACCGGAGUUACCUGACCAGCCUUACGGGUCGGGGAGCUGUUACGGCAGUUCGCACCGAUCCCUCAUAACUACGCCAACGUCGGAGCGCCCCUCGGAAGAUUGUCACAGUGACAACUGA